AUGGGCGCUGUGGAUUCUUAUGUAGAAGUGAAGGGGGUAGUGGGUCACCCUGUCACACUUCCGUGUACUUACUCAACAUAUCGUGGAAUCACAACGACAUGUUGGGGCCGAGGGCAAUGCCCAUCUUCUAGUUGUCAAGAUACACUUAUUUGGACCAAUGGACAGCGUGUCACCUACCAGAGGAGCAGCCGAUACAACUUAAAGGGGCAUAUUUCGGGAGGAAACGUGUCUUUGACAAUAGAGAACUCUGUUGAGAGUGACAGCGGUUUGUAUUGUUGUCGAGUGGAGAUUCCUGGAUGGUUUAAUGAUCAGAAAGUGACCUUUUCAUUGCAAGUUAAUCCAGAAAUUCCCACAAGUCCUCCAACAAGACCCACAACUACAGGAAGACCCACGACUAUUUCAACAAGAUCCACACAUGUACCAACAUCAACAGGAGUCUCUACCUCUACUCCUCCAACACCAGCACACACACAGACUCACAAACCAGAACCCACUACAUUUUGUCCUCAGACAACAGCUAAGGUGACAGAAACCCCAUCCUAUAUUCCUGCAGACUGGAAUGGCACUGUGACAUCCUCAGAGGACACCUGGAAUAAUCACACUGAAGCAGUCCUGCCACGGAAGCCUCAGAAAAACCUGACUAAGGGCUUCUAUGUUGGCAUCUGCAUCGCAGCCCUGCUGCUACUGCUGCUUGUGAGCACUGUGGUUAUCACCAGGUACAUACUUAUGAAAAGGAAGUCGGCACCUCCAAGCUUGGUUGCCUUCCGUGUCUCUAAAAUUGAAGCUCUGCAGAAUGCAGUGGUUGUGCAUCACCGAGCUGAAGACAACAUCUACAUUAUUGAAGAUAGACCUUGAGGGGCAGAAUGAGUCCCAGUGGCCCUCUGAGGAGCCUUCUGCCUGAGAUUUACAGAGACUGUCACUGAUGACACAGACUCACACCCAUUACAGCUCCAAGGCAAUUUUCUGUGUUGGUUCUUCCAGCUGUAGUAGAGAGCGUAACCCUCUACUCUGUAUACUCAAAACUCAGGUUAACAUCAUCCUAAUUCUUGCAUCAGCAUCACCUCAGUGUCUUUGCUCACUGUAGUGAUUCUCUCAAAUGAGAACAUUUUAGAAGUUAGUGUUUCCUUUAGUCAGUGUAAUCAUUGAUAAUACAAGAAUUCUACCUUGGUUACUAAAACCAACUGUUAAAAGUUAGGGGGGGGGCUCCUUAAUUUAGAAGCACUUGAUUGUGUUUUAUCUAUUUUAUUGUAAUUUGAAAUGUUACUUCUAGCCUUCCCAAGGGGUAAAAUCAUGAGAGCAUCGAGGUUUUGAUGGCCCUCAUAGGUAAAUAGAAGAGAGUCUAAUAAUGCCAAUAUAGUUGGUUAUACUUUGUCAUAGCUCCGAAAAUAUGACACAUUUAUUAUAUAGUUGAUCUUAGGAUAAGGAUAGGUGUUUUAUGUCAGGGGAGGUUACCAUGGUGAAUAUGGACCAGCAGAGAAGCAGUAGAAGAAAAUAAUGGAUCAAGGGAUUAUUGAGUUCGUUAGUGCUAUUUCUACUCCAUUUCUGUCUUGAUGCUCAUUGUUCCUAAACUCACCCACUGAGCUCUGAGUUAGUGCUAGGAGGAGACAGUGCAGAAAUGAAAGAGGAAGGAUCGUGUGCAGAACACAGGCUCUCUGCUGAGAGAAGUCCUAGUGCAGGUGUGAUAGCGUUUGGAACUAACACCAAGUUCUAAAUUUCUAAUUGUCUUCAGGCCAUAUUUAUAUUUAAAUUUAUUUCAGAAAGACAUAGCAUCUUCCUGAAUGAAUCAGUUUGACACAAUCAAUAAAGUAUUUGAUUUUGCUAAGAGUUAACAAAGGUUGUUGGAGUUUGAUGGUUGAAAAGAGCAGAUUGGUGAGAAUGUGUUGAUGUCUAUCUCAGUCUGAGUGAUCCCUGACACCAGAUCAGAGACAUUCAGGCCACGGUAUCCAAGGAGUGUGGGGUGGUGGCUCUUGGUCCACAUUCUCAGUGCUGUUCUAUGGAGUUCUAGGAAAUGACUAUCUGUAAGAUUUGGUUUUGUUUGUUUGGUUGGUUGGUUGGUGGGUUUUCUUUUGGCUUUGUUUUGGUUUUGGGAAAGUCAGACAGCAUUCUGGGAGGGUUACAUUCUGGGUUUGCCUCAUGGCGCCUCCUUCAUCUGCUCUAAGUGUAAACUAUAGUGUUUAAACUACAGUGUUUUCUUUUUCUUAAUUUGUAGCCAUUCUACAUCAAAGCAAGGCUUUAGCAAUGACAUCCCUGAUUUGUAGCUUUUUCUUCAGAUUGUCAAGAUCAGCCUGAGUUCUAGAGCGGUGAGGCCACUAGAUGGGGCCACCCUCUCCCACACUCUCCUUCCUGCCUCCUUUCCUGUUCUUGCCAGCUGGCUGUAGGGCUCGGAGGUUUUGAUGCCUGUUCUGUUCUUCAGGCUUUCUAGAGAUGCGUGAAAGAUGUGAAAGGGUCUGAGAAUCUGUCUGGCUGUCCCACCUAGCGUUUCCAAAACUUGCUUGAUGGUGACUAGUGAUAGUCUGUGAACCAAAGUACUUGAGACUCAAUGGAAAAACGUGUCUUCUAUUGGGCUCCAGCACUGUCAGAAGUAACAAUAGGGUAACUUCUCUCUGUCUGUUUCCCAUCUGUUUGCUGUUAUCAUUUCCGCCCUCACCUUGGCAGAUAGUGGUCAUUGCAACGAAAGGCUCCUUGUGAGGAGUCUUUGAGCAGUGGAAAUCAUUCCAGAAUGCAAGUCCCAUUGUAGAGGAGGUACUAGUCAUAGCCGAUGUUGAGUUGGGAGCUGAGUGAAUAAUUUUUAUGUUAUUACAACCACAAAUCUAUUUUUGUAUGUCAUCUGAUCUGUUUUUAAAAUAACCAUGUUUCCCUCUGA